AUGAAUUUAGAAAGAAUGAGACGUGGUGACGAGUCUGGAUGCUUCUUUAGUCCACCCGCUAGGAUGAGAAACGGGGACUACGAAGCGUACAAAAGUGGUCUGAAAGAUCGGUGGUUCGUGUCGCCACUUGCACUGCUGAGGGUUCCUCAAACAGCAGCAGAAGGAGGAGAUGCGGCAAAUCCAGCAUCGACAACUUCGGUGUCAGAUGACGAGGAUGUAACUAAACUGAAAAACUAUUCAACGUUCAACUCGUUCAACUUUUCAACGAGUUCUAGGUUGAACAUUACUGUGGACACAUCAGACAUGAGCUCCAUGAAUGUGACCAGUUCAACGAGAAUUCUAGAAGAUGAAAACUUGGACAGACCAUCAAAGGCAGCAAUAUUUUCAUUACGAGCGCACAAUCGCUUGAAUGAAAAAUCGAAGUAUGCCGGCUACUUUCUCCCGCCUCUGGACAACAUAGAUGAAGGAGAAACUAACGAAUACGACCAUGAUGCUGGAGAGUUGCCGUGGGAUGAGAGCAUCGUGAAACUCGCGGCCAACCUCAAAAAAGAUGAAAUGGUGGUGGAGGAAAAUGAGAUCGCUGUGGGAGCAUUUUGUGGGAGCGUUGAAGACAAGGACACAACGCCGACGAACAAACCCACGGAACAAAAUGGGAACAAGGCAGUCUCGACUAGCAGACACCCAGGAAGGAACAAGAGAUUGAUUGUGAUAUUUUUUAAUGUUGGAAAUGUUGGUUUACUCAUGUAA